AUGUUCAUACAAGUGCCAGACUCAGUGAACAAAUCCAUUCGAAAUGGAAUUAAACCCCGGACUGAGAUACACUAUCCAAGCACUUCUUUAGGAAAUCACGAUCCUCGAACUGUUUGCACGGACACUGGCAUCGUUGAGUCACGGAAUACGAUCGACGGAGAACUUGAAUGUGUGGUUUGUAGAGCAGACCGUGUUAUCAUGCCCGCGGCUGCGCCAAAUUACAUAACGUGGAGACCACCACUGCUUCCCUCACACCAAAAGUACAGAUGGUCUAGAGAUUAUCGUGAUGAUCUACUGUUAACAACAUGCAGCGCUCCGCCAAGACAAAGUGAUACAGAAAGUACGGCACAGAAAGUUGAAGCAGCACAAGAGGUGGAGAUGCCUGCAAGGAGGGGUGAAUGCAAUGAAGAAGAUGAAAUUGAGAGUUUAGAAUCACCGCGUUCGUUUGCCUCUUCCGGUUCAAACAGCAGUCGAGAUGACUUAUUGGCGCAGUUCCCUGAGACACAGACCGCAGCAGGAGCACAUACACCUGUUACAAAGUCGCGUACACAACAGCAGAACCCCUGGGGAAGGGCCUCCUAUUCCGACUUGAUCACAAUGGCCAUCACAUCCACAAACAAUAACAUGAUGACUUUGUCAGAUAUUUACAGUUGGAUUGUCAAGAAUGUACCAUAUUUCAACGACAAGGGGACUUAUUUAUCAGUUCAAGGAUGGAAGGUAAGCUAAAAAUCAGUCAAGUUGCUAUGCCUAUCCACUGACGCUUUGAUGUAUUCAUUGGCGCUUCCAUUCGCGGUUGCUUCUGCAUGUUUAGCUAGUCUUGCAGCUAUUGCCCUUUUCAUAUGUCCUUUGAAAUGGAAACCUAUUAUAAUUAAGGCUUCAAUUCUGUGAAAAUAAAUUACCAAAUGUACUUAACAAACAGUUUUUUUUACAAACAUUAUAAGACAGAGAGAGAUGCAAGAGAUCGAGUAGACCACUGGUAGAUUAUAAAAGAGACUUCGUAUUGUCGAUGCCGUUAAAAACUUCGAUAUCCUCUUCAAUUUUACAAAAAGCUUUUGUCUUGGAUGUGUUUGCUUCCGAAAGAGCGUACUUUUUCCUUCUGUCAGAGUAUCAUUAAGGUAUCAUAAAACUCGAAAGAAUGCGGCGUUUGUUAAAGUGUGUAUAAGAGAUGCUAUUUAGGGAGUACCCGUAUAACAUGGUUACUAUCAUUCAAAUCUGAAUGAAUCUAAAGAAAAAAAAUAAAAGUUUGGAACAAAAGUACACUACUGACAGAUAUGUGGAAGCAAAAGAUAGUUCAAAAUGUAACACAUUUAUAACAUGGCUAAGACAAAUUCAAUUUCACGCAACGAUUGCUUAGCAAACCGCCGGAGAUAUGUUCUAGGCUAGUCACUGUCAAUUAGGACCUGAGGAUACAAUAUCCCUUGUUUUUCGUGCAAGAGAUGUUUUCACAUAAAUUUCCCAAUAAGUGGCGUUUUUUAACGUUUAGAUCAAGACUAAAGCGAAUGUCUGCCACCUCUCGAUUUAAUAUCAUGCCUAUCUUCUAUCUAUUAAAUUUGGUGGCCACGAUAUGACUCGAAUAUCUGAAGAAGAGGACCAUCCGUGACGGUAAAAAAGCAGUUUUGAACUGAAAUCGUAGCAAGGUCAAGCAAAAAAUAAGUCAUCAGUUAUUAAAGCAUAUUAUCACCAAGUUAUCCUACCCAAGCAGGAUAACUUGAUGUUUUAAACCUGAAAUUAAACCCAGUUUAAACCUCUUGCAAACAGGUUGUGGGUCUCUCGUGGUCUUAGAGUUGGUCCUCAUUGGAUAUAAUGUUUCCGGAAAAUUUCCAUAAACCUCCCUCAGUGUGUAUUUAUGUCCCAACUGAAAGUCUUCCUGUGUUCAGCUGUCUCUCAAUACUAAAAAAGGAAACAGAUAUUUGCUUAAGUAAGCCGGCUAUUUUCUUUUCAGUUCUUGACACUCUAAAUAAAACAUGAAUUUGCUAUAUUUACCAAUAUGAAGGAUUUACAAGUUCAGUACUCGAAAAUGUUUAGGAAUUACUUUUGUUCAACUGACGGCAUUGUUCUAUGGUGCUUGGAAACCGCAGAUUGUUUCCUGGCAGAUUGAUUUUCCUCUUUUUUUGUUUCUGGCUGAUAAACAGUCUGUUCGCAUUGUAAGGAGAACGGAAGAAAAAAGCUGAAGCUUUUCUAAUCUCUAAGAAAGCAAAAACUUUUUUUUCCAUCUAAACUGGUACUGAUACAUUGAGUGCGACAUUUUUUAAUGGAAGCACAUAUCGCGGAAAAUCGCGAAAUAUGCUUUUUAUGAUGGACGAUCUGGGAAUACGUUUACUGAUGAUUUAGCCUCUUUGGUUUUCAAAAUAGACAAAAGGAAUACUGCUGACUCAAUGAGAACAGAUCAAAGAGGAACUUUUGAACAGCACCCAAUCUCACAACGACGAGGCAACAGUUCCUGCACUUAUUUCGACCUCUUAUGAUAACUAAUGUGUCGCUCAUUUCAAAUCAAUGGAAAUUAUUCCCUACUAUUAUUAUUCAGACAAAUCUUGGGUGCAUCUCGACUCGAUAAGGGAUUUACUUCUUUUAAAACCAAAAUCAAUUCUCAGCAGUGAACGUGUGGUUAUCCAUCGUCAGAAGCUUUCUUUUUCUCGUUUAAGCACAUAAUCGAAGUGCUUUAUUGGUGCUUUACUGAGGUCAUUGUGAAAUAUACUAACCACAAUUUCUUUCUUUGCCAACAGAAUGCUGUUCGUCACACUUUGUCACUCAGAAAGCGAUUCGUUCGUGUUCCAGACCCUAAGCGACCAUACAAGUCAAUGUGGACAAUUUCCAGUGAUUAUCAAAGAAAUCAUUUGAAGGAAAAAAGGAGUCAAUUGGAAAGGAAGAACCCACUGAAGAACAAAAAUGUGAGCGAUAAGGAAAGUGAUCAAAUGGCUCAAUCAAUGGAUUUUGAAACAACCAGUGAAUUUAGUGGAAGCUGUGCCUCACCAAAUCAGAGCCAAGACGGAUUUUAA